AUGGAUAUAUCAGUGGAACCAGUCGACCAGAGCUCACUAGAGUCUCCCUGUCCGAGUCCGGAGGUAACAAAAAUAUUAAAUAUGGAUUUUUUAACCAUCAACGGUCGGUUCACACCGAAAUCCAGCCGAUCGUCGGCAUGUUCAACUCGAACCGCUAGCGUCUGUGCCAGCCCUACUCCGUCCGAGGCUGACGACAAUGAGGACGCAGGAAACGACCAACGGAACCGGGCAACACCGGUGUUCACCUGGAAUCCACUGCCCACCACCAGUAGCAUAGUGUAUGCGAAGCAUAAAGAUAGUGAUGUGAAAUUUUUACGGUAUGACGAAGAUUCUUCCGAUACCGGAAGUUCAGUGGUCAGUGAUACUGAAGAGGAUGGUAAAGAGGAGCAGCCCAAGGAAUUGUAUCCCAACUGCGAUGUUAAUGUUUGGUUGCGAUCCUGUGAGAAGGAAAUUGUUGAACCCAUCGAGGGACUGGUGAAAGGCGAAAUACCGGAGUGGUUGAACGGAAGUUUGCUUAGAAAUGGUCCGGGUAGCUUGAAAGUAGGGGAAAUGACGUUUAAUCACUUGUUUGAUAGUUCUGCUUUACUGCACAGAUUCAACAUUGAAAACGGUAAAGUAUCAUAUCAAUGUCGAUUCCUGAAAUCGGAUGCAUACAAGAGAAAUAAGGCGGCACAGCGGAUCGUAGUUACCGAGUUCGGAACUAAGGCGGUGCCCGAUCCAUGUCAUACUAUUUUUAAUCGAAUUGCCUCGCUUUUCCGUAAACCUGGUGAAAACAAUUCGGACAACGCAAUGAUUUCUAUUUACCCAUUUGGUGACGAGUACUUCGCCUUCACCGAGAGUCCCAUCAUUCACAAGAUCAAUCCGGAAACAUUAAACACCGAAUCAAAGCUGAACGUUUCGGACUACGUAGGUAUUGUAAAUCACACCUCACAUCCCCAUGUAAUGUCAGAUGGAACGGUCUACAAUCUGGGCUGUUCGGUGACUAAAACGGGUCCUGCAUAUACGAUUCUGUGCUUUCCGAACGGAGAGCACAUGUUCGAGGAUGCUCACAUUGUAGCUUCCGUACCAGCACGCUGGAGAUUCCAUCCCGGCUAUAUGCAUACCUUCGGAAUAACGGAGCAUUUCUUCAUCAUUGUCGAGCAACCACUCAGCAUUUCCGUUCCGUCGAUGUUAAUGAAUCAAAUGAUAAACGAACCGAUGGCGGCUUCCUUGAAGUGGUACGACAACGAACAGACCUACAUCUAUUUGUUGGAUCGUGACACCGGAGAUUUGAAGCAUACCUAUCACGCAGAACCGUUCUUCUAUUUGCACAUCAUUAACCAAUACGAAAAGGAUGAUCAUGUAGUGCUGGACAUUUGCUGCUACAAGGAUCCAUCCAUGCUGAACUGUAUGUACAUCGACACGAUGAAAAAUAUGCAGCAAAAUCCGGAUUAUGCCAAAAUGUUCCGCGGCCGUCCGCUGCGAUUCGUCCUACCACUAGACUACCAGGGUGCUCUGAAGCAGGCAUCAUCCUACUCCUCAUUCUCCGUUUCCCGAUCACUGUCGUUACUAUUCAAAAAGUUAUCUGUCAACAGCGAAAAUGACGAAAAGACCUACUUUGAUGACCGGCUAAUAUUGAAAAAUCUUGUCAAACUCGACAACACCAGCGCCACGGCUUACGUCAUGCCGAAUGCAACGAUAUUCUGCAAGCCGGAACGCUUGUGCGAUCUCGGCUGUGAAACCCCACGAAUCUAUUACGAACACCACCUGGGCAGAGAGUAUCAAUAUUUCUACGCAAUCAGCUCGGACGUGGAUGCCAACAAUCCGGGAACGCUCAUCAAGGUGGACGUGGUCAACAAGCGCAAGCUGACGUGGUGCGAGGAGAAUGUCUAUCCCAGCGAGCCGAUAUUUGUGCCAAGUCCGAACCCGCAGACCGAGGACGACGGCGUGGUGCUGGCCGCAAUGGUUUGGGGUCGCGAGGAGGAAAACCGCGUCGGUCUGCUCGUGCUAGAUGCAAAAUCAUUCACAGAAAUCGCUAGAGGCGAAUUCAUGACCCCGGGGCCCGUACCCAAAUGUCUGCACGGAUGGUUCAGACCAACGGCGAAACAAGAUUAA